AUGAGCUCCUCUCUCGAGGCCAAAAUAGUCGUCUUGGGUUCCCAAGGCGUAGGAAAAACCUCCCUCGUCCACCGCUACGUCCAAAACACCUUCUCCCCCACAACCACAACCCCCACGCUCGGCGCUUCCUUCAUCACCCAACGCAUCCUCGACCGCACCUCCGACACCAUCGUCCGUCUGCAGAUCUGGGACACAGCAGGCCAAGAACGCUUCCGGAGUAUAUCCCGCCUGUACUACCGCGGCGCGCACGCCUGUCUACUAUGCUACGACAUCACCGACGAGAAAAGCUUCGAGGAGAUGGCGGGAUGGCUAAAGGAGUUAAAAGACAACCUAGCCUUCGGCGAAGGCGACGGCGGGGAAGGAAUUGUCAUCCACGUAGUCGGGACGAAAUCGGAUAUCGUAACGCUGGACCCCUCUCGUCGCCGAGUCCCCUUCGAGCGCACGAUCGCGUACGUCGCGGAGCAGUUGUAUCCCACGCAGGCGUCCACCCCGCCGCCGACGGCUACGGCUACUGCUACGCCGACGACGUCGACGACGAGUUUCAUGCAUCAUCGCUCCAGCAGCACGUUGUUCCUGCAGAGCGCUGAUAGUAAGCGCAGCAGCGGGUUCUGGGGGCAGGAUAUCGGGUGGGACUGUUGUCAUGAGAUCAGUGCGAAGGAUGGGGAGGGCAUUGAGGAGGUGUUUCGUGUGAUUGCGCGGAAGUUGGUUGAGCAGCGGAAUCGGCGGGAGGUAGUUAGGUCGUCGGGGGCGUUGGCUAUGUCUUUUGGCGGUAGCGGUGGUGGUGGUGUGCGGUUGAGGAAUCGGGGAGGGAGGGGAAGGCAGGGUGUGGAGGAUGUUCCGGCGGUGGUUGCUGCGGAGGGGUCGGCUUCGUCGAGGAAGCUUGGGGUUGAUGGGAAUGGGGGUUUUCGGUUGGGGCCUGCUGGGUUGGGUGGUGCUGGGGGGGAUGCGAAGAGGAGGAGUUGGUUGGGGAUUUCGUCGAGUAGUGUUGCGCUGGAGGCGUAUGGGGAAGAGCAGGGAGAGGGUAGUAAAAGGAAGGGAAGGUGUUGUUGA